AUGAUACUCCCGAGCCGCACCACGUCUCCCACACACGGGGCCUUCCACCCGCCCACACACGCGCACCCCGACGAGGAGCCCGUCUCCAGGACCUACCAGUACAGGAAGGUUAUGAAGCCCAUGUUGGAGAGGAAGAGGCGAGCGCGGAUCAAUCGCUGUCUGGACGAGCUAAAGGACCUCAUGGUGACCGCGCUACAAGCGGAGGGAGAAAACGUCUCCAAGCUCGAGAAAGCUGAUAUAUUGGAAUUAACAGUCCGCCAUCUACACAGCCUCAAACGGAGAGGCCAGCUAGUGUUGAAACCCGAAAUGUCUUACGCGGAACGAUUCCGCGCCGGUUUCGCUCAGUGUGCUACUGAAGUGUCGCAGUUCAUAACCAGCGCUACGGUCGCCGCUAACGCGAUGCAGCGCCAGGGACCCGUGGACCCUCAGGCUGGGGCUCGGCUGCUUCAGCACCUUAGUAAUUGUAUACGAAGGCUUGAAGCACCCGUUCAACCACCAGUGGUUCAACCUACAGUGGUUCAGCCGCAGCCGAUCGCGCCUAGUGGUGUCGCGAGGCCUACGCCGGUCCUGCCCCAGGCCCCGCAGACCCAGAGGACCCUCGAGCGAGGCCUGAAGAGGCUAGCAGAGGAACCCAUCGACGUGGAAAUGCUCGAUACAAAAAGAGUGUAUCCGCCUUCACCGCCACACAGCCCCGCCUCCGAGACGGACUCCGCCCAGUCGAUGUGGAGGCCCUGGUGA